AUGCGUCUUCAAGUUCACGUUGUCCCAGGCGGUUCCCCCGCCACAGCUCCGGCGGCUUGUUCUUUUCUCGAAAUCGCGUCGCCCACACUUACUCUGGAGGCCCUUUGUGUCUCGAUAUCCAAUCGCUUCGAGAGACUCUAUCCCCAUCGACCGUACGGCUCAAACGUGCCCGUUACUUGCAUCAUUUUUGUUUGAUUCGCUGAUUGUGGGUGUGGGUGAAUUUAGACCGCUAAAAAUCGAUAAGAUCCAGGAUUCCAACGGCAAUGAUCUCGAUCUGGGUUACCUCGUUUCGGAUGUGUUCAGUGACAAGCUGGAAGACAAUCUAAACUCGAUCGUUCGCGUUCUACAGAAAUCUACUUUGCGCGAGUCUUCAAUUCCUCCCGAGUCGAGUCUACGGCCUCAAUUUGCACGAAAACGGAGAAGGUUGGGCACUGUGACGGAGGUUAAUAGUAAUGCUAGUCAAGAGCCGGCUCCUUCCGCCCACUCCUCCGAGAGAGGGAGGAUGAGAGAGAGGCUUCCGAAGAGACCACGAACAAACGACUACGUGGUUCAGGACUCAAUGGACGAUAGGGAGGAGAGAGAGGAGCGUUGGAGGCGGAGGACUGGCCAUGAUAAUAAACUUGGUGGUGAGCGUGAUGCUGGCGGGAUGGUUGAAGUGGCUGCAACUCAGCAGAGCGGUCAAUUGAGCCCUUCGUUGGGUAACCGAACUCCUUCACCCGAAAUCGCAAUCACAGCAACGAUCGAGCACCCGGGCCAACUACCUUUCAUAGAAGUGAAAGUUGAAGAUAAAGAGCAAGCGGAAGGGGUCCAAGAGAUACACUACUCCUCGCCUUACCUUCCCCAUGAACCGGGCUCUGCGGAACCGGACCAUCACUCUUCACCGACUCUACCCCCCAAUCCCACACAAAGUAUUGAUAUAGUGACCAACGGGAUCAGACGCAGCAUCUAUGAUAUACCUACUUCCUCUUCUUCCGAAGAUGAGCCUUCACUGCCAGUCUCUUCUCAUAGUAAUAAGGGAAGACAACACAAUGGCAACCCCUCCCAGUCACCCGCGUUGCGCAAGAAGGGGGCUGAGGAGGCGAGGUUGGCUGCAGAGAAAGCGGAGAAAGGGUGCGCUAGCGAGCAUGCCGCUGUCCGUGAAGACAUGCUCAAAGCAGCCCUGGCACACACAGAGAAGCUGCGGGAGCGACGAGCUAAGGAGAGGGCAGAGGCCGAGAGGCGGGAGGGAGAUAGAAGGGAGGUAGAGCUGCAGGAACAAAAACGGAUCGCUGCCGAAGAACUCGAGAAGCAACGUAGGGAGGAGGAGCGUGGGCGUAAGGAGAGAGCGGAGAAUGAGAGACUUGAGCGGGAGAGGCUAAAGAACGAGAGGCUCGCGAAGGAGAAGGCUGAGCGGGAGCGCUUAGCUGAGGAAAAGCGGGAGCAGGAGAGAGUUGCGAAGGAGAAGGCCGAACAAGAAAAGGCAGAGCGGGAGCGCUUAGCUGAGGAAAAGCGGGAGCAGGAGAGAGUUGCAAAGGAGAAGGCCGAGCAAGAAAAGGCAGGGCGGGAGAGACUUGAGGAGGAACGUAUACAGCGAGAGAGGGAGGAAGCUUUGAAUGAGAGGAGAGAAAAGGCCCGCGAACGAAGGCGUGUACGCGCCGCCGAGAAAAAAGCCAAAGAACGGGCCGAAAAGCCCGAGCGCGAGAAGGCUGAAAGGGAGAAAGCCGAAAGAGCCGAAAAGCUUGAACGUGAGAAGGCCGAGAAAGCCGAGAGGGUCGCUCGGGAGAAGGCCGAGAAGACCAAAAGGCUUGAGCGAGAGAAGGCCGAGAAGCACGAGCGGGAGAGGGCUGAGAAAGCACGGAAGCAAGCUGAAUAUGAAGAGAAUAAUCGUCUUGCAAAGGAGGCAGAAAAGCAGGCAAAGGAGAGAGCUAAAGAGCCAGCACCGAACUCCUCGGUGAAAGAGGCAUCCUCCUCCCAGCUACUUCCUCAGUCCUCUCAGGUUUUAACGACUGACCCCGAGUCACCGGUUCCAACCCCUAAUUCAACACUCAAGAGAAGCAACCUCAAGACUAAAAUUCUCGAGGGUUCAAGAAAACGGUCGUCAGUUUCUUUUGCGGAAGAUCUUACUGAUAUAUCUUCGCCCACACCCACUGGAAAAAAGGAUACACCAGCGCCAGUGUUAGGAUCAAAGGUUACUCCGAUAUUGCCUCCCGGCUACAGCGCAAAUAAACUCGUUGCAGAAGCAGUCGUAAUGAAGACGCCCGCAAGGCCCGCGGCAGGGGCAGAGCCACCCGCCAAAAAGACCAAAUUGGCUAUACUACCUUCGAUGCCCACCUCGAUAAAGAAGACCUCUCCGCAACCAAGUUUGCUGCCAACUCAUGCUCCCCCACAGAGGCGGGGGGCGGGGGAGCCAGUUCUGAAGUCAGAGCCGGCACCAGGGUCUGAUAGUGAGUCUGAACAUAGUACCGAUGAGGACUCAGGAGAGCCGGGCUCAGAAGUGUCGUACUCGGAAGAGUCGGACUCGGAGGAGUCGUACUCGGAGGAGUCGGACUCAGAGGAGGAAGAGGUAAAGCCAAGCUUAAAAUCAUCAGUUGUCAAGAAGAGCACAGCUCGUGUCAGGAGCGCCAAAAACGCUUCUCCAUUGAUGACACUAAAGCCCUCCUCUGCCGCCACGAAUUCCUUAAAGACACCCCCGAGCACCCAGCGGAGCUCUCAACGUCCCUCUCGCUCAGGUCCCCAGCUCCCCAGGAAAAACCCCGUCCCAGCACCUGCUACCCCAGCUACAGAAACAGACUCUGAAACCGGCUCAGAAGAUGAAGAGAUUGGCUCAGCGUCAGACUCUGACCUUGGCCAUGCACCAAAAACCACACCUACCACCGCCUCUGCAAAGACCAGCAAGCCCAAGCCCACCACCAUGGCUACCAAACACUCCCCGCCACAGCCCUACAAAUCCCUCACCGACCUGGAAAAAAUGCCCGUGCCGGACGUGCACGACAUACACUCCUCACAAGCGCCACUAAACCCCUCCGCCCACCUACCACCUUCGGGCACGGUGCGCAAAACCCACGACGGAGACGACAACGAUAGCAGCGAAGAAAGCAGUGAGAGUGGCGAGAGCAGCGACGAAGAGGGGGAAGUGGCGGGUAAGCGAGUAAUUAAUAGUGCUAAGAAGGCUGCCGCCGUGCCGGCCAAGAAGGGAGGAUUCCUAUCGGGUUUCUGGGGUAGGGCGGAGAAAUAG